CUUUCUUCGAACGCCAAUAUCCUUGACGACGUUAUGUUUACCACGAGCAAAUACCUAUCCUAGAACCCCCGUCGCAUAUACGAACGAUCUCGCUGGCGUUGUGAUGCUGUGCAAUCUCAGAUCAUAAACAUUGUGGCGCUUUGAAGAAGAAUGGCCGGGCGGCCGAAUGUGCCUGGAGCUUCGGACCAUAACAACAAUUUGCUGGAUCUAGAAUCCUCACAGCCGUACUACAACACAGGGCAGCGGCCUCCGGUGGACGACUCUCAACUCCUACGGGCCUUUAACAUCGACGAUUCCGACGAAGCCCAACCCAGACCUUCCACAAGUUACGAUGAUUUUGUUGGUGGAGGAAGACCGGGUGCACAUCCCAGCAAUGCGCAACCGGCAGCAGCAUCUUCGCACCGUCCUUUCACAGCCCCAUACAUGAACGAACAGACACACAACUAUUCGCAGACCUCAGAUCUACAGAACUACGCAAAAUUCGGAGAUGACUUUGGCGAGGAGGACUCUGGCUACAAAUACUACGAUGGCGGAGGGCACGCAUCAGACGAGAACAUCCCCGGCGGCGGUGUCAAAGUGGUUGGCAGGCAUCAUGGGCAUACCCGGAGUAGUCUGAUGUCCAUGGGUGGCAUUGUGGACAGAGCUAGAGACAUGGUCGGGCUACGAGACAGCAAUUAUUCCGAUAUGGCCCUUCCGUUGACAGAACACGGCAUACAGAAUGCAAGAGUCGAUAGUGCCGGGACAGAGGAAGAACGUCCAGCAAAAGAGAAAAGAAGCUUACCAAACUUCGACGACAUCAAGGCUAUGUUUGGGAGGAAAAAGGUGGACCCAGCUACCCUUGGACCCAGAAUCAUACAUCUCAACAACGCUCCUGCAAAUGCGAGCAAUGGAUGGGGGGACAAUCACAUCUCGACCGCCAAAUACAAUGUCGUCACUUUCCUUCCAAAAUUCCUAUUUGAACAAUUCUCGAAAUACGCCAACCUGUUCUUCCUGUUCACCGCAAUCCUCCAGCAGAUACCUGGCGUGUCGCCCUUGAGCAGAUACACCACGAUUGUGCCUUUGGGAAUCGUGCUCAUGGUAUCUGCGAUCAAGGAACUUGUAGAAGACUACAAAAGAAAGUCUGCCGAUAAGUCACUGAACGACUCUAGAGCACAAGUCCUGAGAGGGUCGGACUUUGUCGACACUAAAUGGAUCAAUGUCGCGAUUGGUGACGUUGUCCGAGUUGAGUCUGAAGAACCGUUCCCUGCCGACCUGGUAUUGCUUGCAACUUCCGAACCUGAGGGUCUGUGCUAUAUCGAGACCGCAAACUUGGAUGGCGAAACGAAUCUCAAAAUCAAGCAGGCUAUCCCUGAAACCGCACAUCUAAUCAGCCCUGCUGAACUGGGCAGACUGACCGGGCGUCUGAAAUCUGAACAGCCCAAUAGCAGCCUGUACACGUAUGAAGCCACUCUGACUAUGAGUGGCACAAGAGGUGAAAAGGAGCUACCUCUGACACCGGAUCAAUUACUCCUUCGUGGAGCGACUCUUAGAAACACGCCUUGGGUCCACGGAGUAGUUGUCUUUACUGGACAUGAAACGAAACUCAUGCGAAAUGCCACGGCGACACCUAUCAAACGUACCGAUGUCGAACGAAUGCUUAACAAGCAGAUUCUUAUGCUUGUGGCCAUGCUGCUGGUCUUGAGCGCGAUCAGCACAAUUGGCGACAUCAUUGUGAGAUCGACCGCUGGACAAAAGUUGACAUACCUCUACUACGACAGCUUCAAUGCCGCCUCUCAGUUCUUCUUGGACAUAUUCACAUAUUGGGUCUUAUAUUCCAACUUGGUUCCGCUAUCACUUUUCGUCACGAUCGAACUAGUAAAAUACUACCAAGCAUUCCUCAUUAAUACCGACCUGGACAUAUAUUACAACGAUACCGAUACACCUGCGGUCUGCCGCACGUCAUCUCUCGUCGAAGAGUUGGGUCAGAUCGAAUAUGUCUUCUCUGACAAGACCGGAACAUUAACCUGCAAUAUGAUGGAGUUCAGGCAAUGCUCAAUAGGCGGCAUUCGGUAUGCUGGUGUCGUGCCGGAAGAUCAAAGAGCAGAAGGACCUGACGAUACCAGUGGGAUCCACGACUUCAACCGACUCAGGGAGAAUCUGGGAUCUCAUCCAAGCAGUGACUCAAUCCAUCAUUUCCUGACGUUGCUUGCAGUCUGUCAUACAGUCAUUCCGGAACGCAAGGACGAAAAGUCGGAGAUUAAAUACCAAGCCGCAUCUCCAGAUGAAGGUGCUUUGGUUGAAGGAGCCGUCAGCCUGGGGUACAAAUUCGUCGAUCGCAAACCACGCUCAGUCUUUGUACAAGUAGAGGCACAGGAGGUGGAGUACGAGCUGCUUGCUGUCUGCGAGUUCAACUCUACACGAAAGCGCAUGUCGACGAUCUUCCGAUGUCCUGAUGGCAAGAUUAGGAUCUACUGCAAAGGAGCAGACACGGUGAUAUACGAAAGGCUACACAAGGAGAAUUCUGUUGCGGAUGUCACGCUACAACACCUGGAAGACUAUGCCACAGAAGGUUUGCGGACACUUUGCCUUGCCAUGCGUGAGGUUCCAGAGCAAGAAUAUCGAGAGUGGCGACAGAUCUUUGAUAAGGCUGCAACUACGGUGGGCGGCAAUCGGGCCGAGGAGUUGGACAAAGCGGCUGAAAUCAUUGAACACGACUUUUUCCUGCUAGGCGCCACAGCUAUCGAAGAUCGUCUGCAGGAUGGCGUCCCGGACACAAUCCAUACCCUCCAAACAGCAGGCAUCAAAGUCUGGGUGCUUACGGGCGACAGACAAGAGACGGCCAUCAACAUCGGCAUGAGUUGCAAGUUGAUUAGCGAAGACAUGACCCUUCUGAUCGUCAAUGAAGAGAAUGCUACAGCAACGCGAGACAACCUGCAGAAAAAGUAUGACGCCGUUCAAAAUCAAGCAGCGUCAGGAGAAUACGAUACUCUUGCUCUUGUUAUCGACGGCAAGUCCCUGACAUACGCACUCGAGAAGGACAUGGAGAAAUUGUUCCUCGACUUGGCUGUCAUGUGCAAGGCUGUCAUAUGCUGCCGAGUAUCUCCGUUGCAGAAGGCGCUCGUCGUGAAGCUCGUCAAGCGUCACUUGAAGGCGCUGCUUCUAGCCAUUGGAGACGGAGCGAACGACGUUUCAAUGAUCCAAGCGGCUCACGUUGGUGUCGGUAUCAGCGGCGUCGAGGGCCUUCAAGCCGCUCGGAGUGCCGAUGUAGCCAUUGGACAGUUCCGGUAUCUUAAAAAGCUACUUUUGGUCCAUGGGGCAUGGAGUUACCAGCGGAUCAGUAAGGUCAUACUGUACUCAUUUUACAAGAACAUAGCCAUGUUCAUGACACAGUUCUGGUACUCCUUCCAAAACGCCUUCUCAGGCCAAACCAUCUUCGAAUCCUGGACUUUGUCUUUCUACAACGUCCUAUUCACAUUUCUACCACCAUUCGCCAUGGGUGUCUUCGACCAAUUCAUCUCCGCACGAUUGUUGGACCGCUACCCACAGCUCUACCAACUCACCCAGAAGGGCACCUUCUUCCGCAUGCAUUCAUUCUGGUCAUGGGUUGCCAAUGGGUUUUAUCACUCUAUCCUCGCGUACAUCUUCUCGUCAUAUUUCUUCAACGACGAUCUGGUUUUGUCGAACGGCAAGAUCGGCGGUCACUGGCUCUGGGGUACGUCGACGUACACCGCAGUCCUGCUCGUCGUGUUGGGCAAAGCCGCGCUGAUCACCAAUGUCUGGACCAAAUACACCGUCAUCGCCAUCCCAGGGUCAUUCAUUAUCUGGCUCGCGUUUAUCCCAGCGUAUUCAUACGCUGCGCCGAAUAUUGGGUCAGGGUUCUCGACGGAGCUAGAAGGGCUGAUUCCCGUCAUGUUCACUUCGCCGACGUUCUAUGCGCUGUGUCUGGUCCUGCCCCCCGCAUGUCUAUUGAGGGAUUUUGCAUGGAAAUACGCCAAACGCAUGUACCUGCCGCAAUCGUACCAUCAUGUCCAGGAGAUUCAGAAGUACAAUGUCCAGGACUACAGGCCACGCAUGGAGCAGUUCCAAAAGGCCGUCAGGAAGGUCAGGCAGGUGCAGAGGAUGCGGAAGCAGAGGGGGUACGCGUUCUCAGCGGGGGAUGAGGGUGGACAGCAGAUGAGGGUGCUGAAUGCGUAUGAUACGACGAGGCAGCGAGGACGGUAUGGCGAGUUGAUCAGUGGCAGAGGUACUGGGGGAUGAACCUACGAGUAGUUUGUACCUGCUUUUGGGGGGUUGGUUGGACGUGUUUUAAGACGUCUUGCCUUGCACUGGGAAUGAGGAUGAUGGAAUGAGAGGCGGGUAAAGUGCGUAUCGUAUACUGUGAUGAAUGCAAUUUGCCUUACAUGUUCGAAAUGA